UAUCCGUGUUUUCCGACUGGGUGGGUACUGCCGCAGUAUUUUCUGCUAUCAUUCCUAGCCGUGGUUGUGUUGGGUGUCGGAUCCGUAUUAGGUUAUGCGUUUCGGGAGCGAAUUGCUCUUGGGCUGCAGGACCAGAUGUAUCAGAGUUUGGAUAUGUAUGGACGCCGCCGGUUGACGACCGUUUCGUGGGACAUGACGCAGGAAGACUUGCAUUGCUGCGGAGUAGAGGACUAUCGUGACUGGAGCGAGCGUAUCCCGGACUCGUGCUGUAUGGAUGAUUACGGUGCACGGAAGCGACCUUGUCAGCAGCUGCAAACCUCACUCACGAUCUACCGGAUGGGUUGUUAUGAAGCGAUCACGCAAGCAUUGGUGCGGAACAGUUUACUGCUCGGUGGAGCAUCGAUGUUACUGCUUUUGGUAAUGGUUCCGGCGACCAUUAUGGCUUACUACAUGUUGACAAUCAUUUAAAAUUAAUUGAAAAAUUGAUUCAAGUGCAAUAAAGAUGAAUUACAAGGCCUGUAAAAAAUAUAUAAAUUUGUACCUAAUUUGUUGCGUUUAUAAUCUGGGGAAAAUUUAAAUAUAAUAGAAGGGGUUUGACAAAAGCAUUUAAUAUUCAUGGAAUAGAGAAGGUAAAAGGUUCUUCUUUCCUUUGCAUUUUGUUUAUGAUUACUUUAAUGUUUUAAAUUUUUACAAAAAAUGUAACAAAGAGAAUGAGAAGAAAUUAAAAAAGUAUCGACGAAAGGAACAUUAACAAAAUUAAGAAAUAAAG